AUGAGUGCAGUAUCAGAAUAUAAUGAAAUUAAGGAACAAUUGAAUAAUGUAUCAGAACAACUCAAUCGAGUUGAAUUAUUACUCAAUAAUAGUAUGAAUCAGUUAUUGAAUAAAAUCGAUGAUAGUAACCGUAAUAUAAUAGAUUUAUUCAAAUCUCGUUAUACUUCACUAGCAGAUGAUCAACAACAAUCUUCUAGUCGACCAGUUAAUGCUCUUCUGAUUAUUGAUGUACAACAUGAUUUUAUUAAUGGAAGUCUUUCUCUUCGAAAAUGUCCAUCUAAACAUAAUGGUGAAGAAGUUGUUCCAGUUAUAAAUCAUCUUCUUGAUUCCAUAGAUUUCGAUGUAGUUGUUUAUAGUCAUGAUUGGCAUCCUAGUGAUCACAUAUCGUUUUUUGAUAGUCUUCAUCUUCGUUCACAAUAUCUUACUAAUGAUUCAACACCUUUAGCUGAUCUUCGUCCUUAUUCAACGGCAAUAUUUGAUAUUCCUGGUGUUGCUCGUAUGGAACAAAUUCUUUGGCCUGCACAUUGUGUUCAGAAUACAUCUGGUGCUGAACUUCAUCCGGAUUUGAAAGUAAUCGAUGAAAAGAAUACACGAAAUAUAUCAGUUAUUCAUAUAUAUAAAGGAACAAAAUCCGAUAUUGAUUCAUAUUCAGCUUUUUGGGAUAAUUUAAAAUUAAGUGAAACAACAUUACAUAAAUCAUUAACAGAAAAACAAGUUACACAAGUAUUUCUUACUGGUCUAGCAACAGACUAUUGUGUAUAUUUUACAGCAAUUGAUGCAUUAGAACAUGGUUAUAAAACAUUUCUGAUUGAAGAUGCAAGUCGCGGAGUAGAUCCAAAAACAAUCAAGGAAAGACUUGAUGAAUUUACACAGAAACAUGGCCGAGUUAUUCAAUCUAAUCAAUUUGCAUCGACGAAUACAUCAAACGGUCAAGUAGAUCAAAUCAUUUUUACAAGACAACAAACAAUGAACUGCUCUCAAUCAUCAUUAUCAUCUGUUCAGUUUCCUAAGUUAAUUGAGAAACCUGAACCAAUUACAAUUACCUACGAUCAAUUUCAAGCAUUAAUGCAUUCUAUUCCGAAUACAUCGACAACAAGUGCUAAUACAAUUUCCACUCUUCUUGAAAAUAGUACUAUUAUUGCAAAUAAUAUUCCUUUAAGAAUUGUUCACCAAACAAGUCAUAAUCUUAUUUCUAAUAGUUCAGAUAAAUUUAGUCAUCAAGACUCAUUAACAGAAAAUAAUAAUAAUAAUAAUAAUAAUACUGAAUCAAUCAUUGUAAAUGGAAAUGGUAAUCGUUCUCGACGAAAGUUAUCACAUACUGCAAUUGAAAAACGAUAUCGAUCUAGUAUUAAUGAAAAAAUAAAUGAAUUGAAAGAAAUUGUAGCAGUUACUGAUGGAAAGAUCCAAAAAUCUGGUAUACUUCGACAUACAAUUGAAUAUAUUCGACAACUUCAAUCAACUAAUCGUCGAUUAGAAGAAGAAAAUAGUACCUUGAAAAACAUCUUGAAACAAUUAAAUUUGACAAGCACUGAUCGUCCAAGUAAUGAUGUUGAUGUACAAUCAUCGGGUAAAAUUUCUUCGACGAAAAAUCCAACAUCAAUAUUUAGUACUGAUUCAAAUGGUGAAGUAUAUAACCCUGCUAGAAAAAGAAAAAAACCAACGAAAAGUAAACGUGGUAUGGUUGAUGGAUCACGAUUAGUCUUAUGUUGUUUUAUGUUAUGUGUACUUAUAAUAAAUCCAUUUAAUUAUUUACUUGAUCGUAUCCAUUCAUCGAAUAAUGGUGGUACAACUGAAAUACAAUCAACUCUCAGUUCAAGAACAUUACAAGCAGUAAAAGAUAAUGAAAAUGUUAAUACAUUAUUAUUUUUGAGUAUAUCAUGGAAACAUCUUAUUGCAUGGAUGCUCAAUAUAGCAAUAUGUCUUGUUUGUCUUGUAAAAAUUUUUGUUCAUGGAGAACCCAUCGUACAUGAAUUAGAUAUGGAUGAAUAUUAUGUUUAUAAGAAAAAAGCAGAUGCACUUAUAAAUGAAAAUCAGUUAAACGAAGCAUAUAUAUAUUAUCGAAAAUGUUGUGAAAAACUUUAUAUAUCAAUUGAUAAUACAUAUAUUUAUUAUUUGUCUUCCAUAACAUGGCAAAUAAUUCGUUUCUUUCUUAAUAUUAUAUUUGUUGGACGUUGGUUAACAUAUUGGUCAGGUUGGACUAAAUCAAUAGAUACACGUAAUUAUAAUCGUGAAUUAAAUGAUUGUUAUUUACAAUUAUGGAAAAUAGAAUAUCGGUAUUCAAAAUCCUUAUUAAAUAUUUUAAACUUGUUUUUAUUAACAAUAAAUACAUCUAUAAAUUCAGGAAAAAAAUUAGAUAAAAAUAAAAGAAAUGAAAUUUGUUUUCUAUCGGCAUUAACAUUUAAAAAACUAGAUGGAUUAUUUCCUAUAUUUAUAUCAUAUUUAUUAAAAUUUCUUGUACCAAUUGAUAUUAAUGAUAUAUGGUUAUUAGAUAUUGAUCGUUUAAAUCAAUUCAUAUAUGAAACAAAUAUUUAUUUAUUUAAAAAUAAAUUAUUUCUAGAAUCAAUACGUAUUCAAUUUUUUCAAUAUAUUCUUUAUAAUAAUAUACAAAAUCAACUUUUAUUUCAAAAUGAACAACAACAACAACAACAAUGUAUAAUUAAAAAUAUAAAUGAACUUGAUCUAUUUUCAUGGUGGCAACAUAGUUUACAAGUUAUAAGUUGUAUUUCAAAUGAUAAACAAAAUAUAAAUAAUAUAACAUCAACAGAUUUACUUCGACAAAUAAAUUCAUCAAACAAAACUAUCUAUUAUAUGGCACAAUCAAAAAAACUUGUUAAUGAACAAUAUAUUAAGAUUAUUGAAACUAUUCAUAUUAUACUUACUAUAUUAACUAAUUAUGAUGAUGAAACAAAUUCAACAAGAAUAUUAUUACUUGAACAAUUAGGACAAUCAAGUCAAUUAUUAACAUCAUCUAAGAUUGAGACAUGUUAUAUUAAUAAUAAUGAAGAUAAUUUGGAUAUGGCAAUCAAAACAUUAUUAUUAGAUGGUAUUCUAUCAUUACGUCUUCGUCUUCUAACAAGUUCAAUCACAAAUAAUAAUAAAAAAAUCCCAUUUCUUGAUGAUUUUCAACGAGAAUUAGAUUAUUAUAGAAGACUAAAUCAAUUAAUGAAAUUACCAAAACAAAAACUUUAUUUAUUUGAAUCAAUAUUUCGUACAACAUCUGGUUUAAAUCCAUUAAUGACUCAAACAUUAUUCGAAUGUGCAAUGAAACAAUCAAAUUCUAUGAUUCAAACAAAACAAGAAUCAUUACCAAAUCUUGAUAUAAUAGCAGCACUUUUACUUUUUUGUCAUUUUUUACCAUCAACAGUAUAUCGUUAUCGAAAUAUUCUUCAACAAGCUGUUGCUAUUUCAUCAAAAACAAGGAAAAACAAUGAUCUUAAUCGUUUACAACAGCAAUGUUUGACAUUAACACGUCGACCAUAUUUUACUUUGUAA